AUGAUGGCGAGAUACGCUCCGUUAUUGCUGGCGCUUGCCACUGCCGUGAACGGUGUUGGGCUUGGAGACGUUAAUCAUGUCGUUAUGCUCAUGAUGGAGAAUCGAUCGUUUCAACACUACUUUGGUACACUGGCCGGUGUUCGAGGUUUCGCAGACCCCAAUGUCCAAAUCAACCCCGAUGGUCGCUCUGUCUGGUACCAGAACCUCAGCGGAGUAACAACCGAAGCAGAAUGGCUCCUCCCAUAUUGGCUCAACUACCAAGGCGGCGAGGAGAACUUCAACAAAAGCAUGUGUCUCUGUGCCGGAGCAAACAACUGGAUUCCCACCCAACAAGCCAUGAACGGCGGAUUGAUGAACGCGUGGGCACAAAUCGAUACUCCUCAGGCUUGGGGAUACUUUAAACGACAAGACCUCCCGUAUCAUUAUGCUCUUGCUGAUGCAUAUACUGUUGGAGAUGCGUAUCAUGUUUGUGAUUCCGUUGCUGCGAUUACUUCGAAUACCGAUCCGAAUAGAUGGUUUUGGCAGUCCGGAACAAUCAACGUCCCAGGAGGUAAACAACCCCUCGGUUCCGGCGGUGUAAUCCUCGACGACAACCAAGCCAACGGCUGCGUAGCAACAAACGUAGACUGCCUCCCGCUCCACUGGCCCGCCUACGCGCAAUACCUUGACGAAGCAGGCGUCGACUGGCGCUCCUUCCAAAACUCGUACAACUGGGCUACCAACAGCGGUCUCUUCUAUUUCGCCGCUUUCCAAGAAGCGUCUGUGAAUUCUAGCUUGUAUCAACGAGGCCUGGCUUUUGAUGGCGAUAAUGCGUUGGAUGCUUUUAAGGCUGCGGCUGCGAAUGGGACAUUGCCUACUGUUUCUUGGGUGUUUCCUCCUGGAGCGUUGCAGGAGCAUCCGCCGAAUACUCCGAAGGAUGCUUCGUGGUUUAUUAAUCAGGUUGUGGGUGCGGCUAUUAAUGGGGCGAAUUAUAAGGAGACUGUUGUUUUGGUUAAUUAUGAUGAGGCUGGUGGAUGGGGUGAUGCUGUUUACCCUUUGGUUUCUCCAGAAGGAACCGCGGGCGAAUGGUUCGAGGAUCCAUAUGGAGAAUUGGGUUAUACAUUCUCUGGUCCUGGAAUCCGUGUCCCUCUGUUCAUCAUCUCUCCAUUUACGCGUGGUGGCAAGGUCUUCACGGAGCGUGCUGAUCACUCUUCGAUUCUUCAAUUCCUCGAACAAUUCCUUACUGCAAAGGGAUACCACAACAUUACCACUGAGCAGAUGUCGGACUGGAGACGAGAACACAUGUCUGACCUCGUCAACGCCUUUGACUUCGAAAACCCAGACUACAGCAUCCCAGACCUACCACAGCCCGACUACCCCAUCACCAACUCAGAAGGUGAAAUCAUCGGCAUGUACUCCGGCUUCUGCGACGUAGAAUGGACCGGCAGCUGUUCCGGCAGCGAAUACGUAACCGGGAUCCCCUACGGCAACCAAACCGAGGAGAACUCCCUCGUCUACGAGAACGGCUUCCGAGGCGUGCGAGGAUACCUCGCCGAAGGCCACUACCUCGUCUUCGAAUCCAACGGCUACGCACUUUCCAACCCAAACACUACCGCGAAACAAUUCUCAACGAGUGCUACGACAGCUACUCAUGAUGCUAUUGCGCAGCGUUGGGUGCUGCAUCCUACGACUGUGGAGGGCUCGACUUUCAAUAUUACGAGUGCGCUUGAUGGAUCGUACAUCUCGCAACAUUCGAGCUUGUCUGUGUCUGUUACUGGUGCGGAGGUUUACAAUAUUACUUAUAUUGGAAGUAGCCAGUACAUUGUGCAGAAGGAGAAUGGGGAUUUUUUGAAUAUCCAGGCUGGAGGAGCUCUUUCUUUUGAUACGACGCCUGUUCCGUACAGCGUUUAUAGUGUUACUUACAACUAUUGA